GUUUCAAGACUGUUUGGCCCAUAUGCACGUGGAGGGAGAAGGUUGACAAUGCGGCGACCCCCUGCUGUACCCGUACAACUUCACUCAUACACCCAUUUAUUCUGUUGUCUUGAUGAUAAAAACGUGGAGUUAGUCUCCAAUCGAUGUGUUAAACAGAGGCUCGCUGCUGCAGGGUUAGGGGAAAAACGUCUUACAUUUCAAGGUAUUCAGACAAAUCCAGAGGAGUUCAGAGAAUUCCUAUUAGCGGCAUAUCCUAAGCUCAGACAGGGGGGUGGAUUUGAACUGCUAAAAAUAUCUGGAACAACUCGGAGUCGUGAACUGGUCCUCAUCCCCUGUCGCAAUGAUGGCUACCAUGUCCGAUAUCUAAAGGAACCACAAACUCAGAUUGGUCAUGUAACAAUUUUUAUCCGACCACUUCAGAGGAAUCUGAAUCUGGAUCCUAUAUGUGGACCAGAAUGCAGCAGUGAGCUGGUUGGGCCAGUCCAGAAAUGUGUGACUUGUGGAGAAGAAUUCUCUUUUUCAAGUACUAAGGCUCAUAGUGAUGAAAGCAUGAGACUGUUGCAGAGCAGUGUUGAGGUACAAAUGGAGGCAGCCACAGAAAACGACCCCCCCACUCCCCCAAAGUGAAGGUAGAUCUGUGAGCACAUUGACAAGACCACAGGAGAGUCAGACAGCAAGGGCCAGCAAUUCAGGGCCACAUCAGGGAAAUAUGCCAGCCUCAGUACCAUGUCAGGGACAUGUGCCUACUCCUCAGACCAAUGAUCUACUCUCCUUUGAGGAAGGAGGCUUUGCUGAUUGGGAAAUUGAGCCAGAUCCUGCAAAGGCAGCAAAGAUGUUCAAAGACAACAUUUUGAAUCUGCAUGCAACUGGAAAACCUCUAAGUCUUGCCAUGGAUCUUGGAGACAGUGCAGAGGAUAGGGAAAGAGCAAUCCUUUAUUUUUAUAAGAAGGCUCAUGUUGAGUGGGCUUCCACUUUGACAUGCACACUGAAGGGAGAUCCAGCAAUUGGUGAUGGCGUGACUCGCCAUUUCUUUGCAACAAUCAUGUCCAAACUUCAGCAUGGUUUUGAUGUCAGUUUUGGGCCAGGGGGAACUCUUCUGUUUGAGGGUGAAAAAGAUCAUUUGAUUCCCUCCACUUCCCACUUCCUUCUGGAGAGCGACUUUUUUGUUGUUGCUGGCCGAAUGAUUGGUCAUUCAUUCUUACAUGAUGGGCCAUGUCUCGGUGGACUGAGCCUGGCAAUCCUACAUGUGCUCUUUAAUGGAUCCCCAGAAGAAGCCACGGUAGAUAUUAAGGACUGUGCUGACCUUGAUAUCUGUGAGACAAUUAAGUUGCUUGAUGGCACAGCGGAACUGUUAUCUGAAGAAAAGCACACCAUCAAUGACCUGGCAAUGUCCUGGGAUUUGCCUCGAGUCACAUCAGAGAACAGGAGGUGGCUGCUUGACAAACUGCUACUCCAUGCUGUCCUUGGAAGAACCUCCAGACAAGUAAAACAAUUACGACGUGGUUUAAAAGAGACAUUGAUCUGGCCUUUGGUAACAGAGAGGAAAGACACAAUUCCAAUUCUCUUUCCAAGAAUGUCUGAUGCACAGUGCACACCACAGAUGGUCUUGGACAAGAUCAACUGGCCCACACAGGACGAAGAGGAAGACAGUGAUGUCUCUUUGGAAGAUACAUGUAGAAUCACAGGAUUCCUUCGCACAUUUGUUGAGAACGCCUCUCCAAACAUACUUGGAAAAUUUGUGCAGUUCUGGGUGGGCUGGAAUGUGCUUCCCAAACAGUUGGAUGUUGAAGUGGUGGACAGCAGCUUCCCAAAGUCUUCCACCUGCUUCCACCUGCUUAAACUCCCAGGACAUUACAAAGAAUAUAGUGUCUUUGAAAGAGAAGUCCAUGCUGCUAUUUUGAGUGUUGAUACUGGUUUUGGAAUGGUCUAAGGACAUUUAUCAUAUAUAAUGUGUGCACCAUAACAUCAUUUUGUUAUAUUGUUGCCUUUGAUUUUUUUAAAAAUGAGUACAGUAAAACUAUACUGAACAGUGAAUGAGUUCAGAGUUAAAGAAUAAAAAGCAUUUGCAUGUAGCACCUAGUUCUGUGUGUAAAACUGUGCAAGUAAAGGCUGCAAGCUUGUCAUGUGUUGAGGCAGUAAAGUACUUUAUGUAAAGCAUUUCUGUGUUUGGUUCAAUAACACUAGUCAAUUGGUAUAAUUAAUGUAAUACAUUAAAGAAUGCUGCAUUAAGUUUAUUAAAGAGAGUUCCAGCAUUCUGGUAAUGUUAAUGCUGUCUCAAUGACAUUGCAUGUUGGGACACUUAAAUGCAGCUAUUCUUAGCAUUAUUAUUUACAGCUGUGCUUUUCCUGCUUUAAGUUGUUCAGUCAAAAGAUCUGCGUACAUUGUUAAAAAGGAGACAAAUUGGAGUUCCCUUUUUUUCUCCAUAUGUUUUUCUGAAACAACCAGUACUUGAUCAUUGUGAUUUACAUAAUGUCUGUCUUUCUUUCUUUCCAUUUAAGCUAAAUGCUUCAAAACAACAAAUAUUAACCACAAUGGGACAGUUAUGUCCAAGGAUGUCCAACAGGCUUGAAUUGUGUACAGGACGAAUUUGUUCAUGAGUAUGUUGUACAAUGCAGUAAGUAUUUUAUAUGAA